AUGUUCGGGAGCCAGCAACUUGACCGGUCUGAAGAUGAGUUCUCAUCUCCAGAACAACGUGCCCUCUGGAAAGCCAAACUGAGGGAGAUUCAGAGUGGAAAGAACAAAAUGUUCCUUCGUAGGAGGAACCCAAACGGCGGGGUGUAUUAUGUCCUCAACAACGGCCGAGAGAAGAACAUCAUGCCGAAGCAUGACGAUGCUGAUUUAUUCAACAUUUCUGGCCUCUUGCUGAAUCUUGACGCUCUAGAUCAGCACGGGGUGAGAGACUAUAGCGAGGAGGAUGAACAAGCUCUGGCGCAGACGUGGUCCGACACUCAGAGGCGCAGAGAUGUCAGACAGACCAUACGAUCUAUGCAGCAUCAUGUCGAGCUAUCGAGAACUGCUUCACGGAAGCUUCUCAACCAGGCAACACACCCGAUGCGCGUUAUGAAUCAUGACCUGUUGUCGGUUGCCCUUAGGGGUCCGGGCGGGGAAUCCGGGAUGAGACUGUACGAGGACUCCAAGGUGAAGGAUGAGAACGGCCGAUUCAUUGUCCGAGGCUUGACGCAGUCACGACUCGUUCAGCAUCAUGGUCUACCGGCGGCGGCUAUACGCAGCACCCUUGAAGUCACUCAGACAGACGCUCGAAGCACGGAAAUUCGCCAGCUGAUCAACAUGGGUGAUCCUAGGAAAGCCUCCGACUACAUGAUUGAUUUGCGAUAUAGACUCGGCCUGCCAGAGCAUACGACCAGAGACGAUGAACGUUUCCUUCGCUGGCUGUCGUUGCAUCAGAGCAACAUUGCCUUUGCGCAAAAAGACAAGAAGGCAAUGCAGAAGCUUGAAGUCUGCAAGGCUUUGAGAGGCCAGAUGCUCGACGAUACGGGCUUGAAAAGGAGAAAUCUCGUCAACAUACGGCGCAUGAUUUUCCAGAUCACGGACCCAGGCCUGUUUACUACAAAUCUGAAGGGCAACGUCGCAACUGAAGGGGACCAUGAAUUGUUGCCUACGACUGGGGGGACAGAUGACAUGCAAAACGUCCCGCUUAUGCUACGCAAUGCUGUGGCCAGUGUCCUUGACGCUUGUGGCGAUCGUGCGCUUCACUAUGAGGUUUUGACGUUUGUCAACAACCUUCACAUCCGCUUCCCGGACAAACCUGCCAUGGCCAUGUGCAAGUAUGGCCUCCGGCUACGGGCGUUGGCUGGCGUCGGACUGCUAGACCUUGCUCGCCAGCAACUUCAAAGGUACCCGAAAGGCAUUCCUUCUAUCGUCUGGGCACACGGGAGGGUCGUAGAAGAUGUCGGCGCUGCUAUUGGUCUGUGGAAUGCGCACAUUGUCAAGAACAGCAUUGUCCGGACCCCAGCGAGCAGAACAGCACUGCUUACAAUCGCCACGGGCUGUAAUGCGGAUGGCAAGACCAUCUACGAGGCAUACCAUGAUUUGAUGCUGCGCAAGAGCCACAGGGUGGAAGUUGAGGGCCGGCUUGACGCCUACAUGAACUUUGUGGAGCUACUGGGACAUUUGGGCGCUGUGAGGACACUGUGGUACUCUUGGAGGGUGGCUCAGGAAUUACAAGAUCGCCUCAACGAGCAGUACCGAGCGACAGGCCAACCCGCCGAGUCGAUCACCGACGAAUAUCAGAUAGCCCUGGCCAACGCAUUGCAACAAGGGGAGCCUGGGGCAGGCGAUGUUCUGGACAGCACUCUCGAGGCCUGCACGAGGGCCGACCUCAUCUCGAUGGGAGGUCGAUCAGAUGUGUCAUCAGAUGGGCACAGCACGCUCAGAGCCGUCUGGAUCAAGGAGAUGAGCUUGAGCGAAUUCGAGGAGUGGAUGGCACUGCCGCUGGCUCAAUGGCUGCAGAACCUCAACAAGGGCGCUUUUCACGAGGCUCGAUAG